UGACCGCCUCGUGUCAGGCCGUUCAAGGUCGCAAAAAGGAAACGGCGGGCAGAUUUGAAAACGCAGUGACUUAUUUAUUUACUUUGCCGUAGGGAAGUAGGUUCUUUAAAAUCGGGAGAUGUAUUCAGUAAACAUUUGGGUUGUAGUACUAUAUUCCUGUACUUUGAUUAUUCAAAAUAUUUUUGUGUCUACAUUUGACAUAACUUCGUAUGUAGCACUUUGCAACAAUACAAAUUUAUAUCAAAUAUCAGUUAAGAAUAAAACACACACAUUAUGGUUUUUAAUAUCUGCCAGUGAAUAUCAUCCUCCUUCUCUAGUAUUAAUACAAACUACUGAAGAAUCUAUCGUCUCUGUGAACUGUUCCCGUUUUGACAGUAAUGAUGCGUUAGAUUACAGGAAUUCAGUUUUCAUUAAUAAUGCUAUCCAAUCUUACGGAUUAAUAUUACAUAGGAUAAUUCGAUAUCGUGAUAUAAAUGGUGAAACAAUUGCUCCUGACACAGGAAAGCAAACACAGACAUUUUUAGGAAGUAAUUUAAAUUGGACAGUCGCAUCAUUUAGGAAUGAUUCAAAGGAUAAUCAAAUAACUAUCGAGUAUGAAGCUAGACAAUCGUUAGAUUCUCAUGAGAAAAUAGACGGUGUUAUCAAACUAAGUUUUAAAGUGUACAAAACAACGGAACAACCACAUAAACAAAUGUAUUAUUGUAUUGAAAAUGCUUUAAGUAUUUUAAUUGAAUUAACAUUGGACAAAGUUGAAGUAAUCAAUUCAAAUGAUAAUUUUUCACCUGUUCUAUUAAUUUUUUCUAAUCAUUCACUUAUGGACAAUUCAUAUUAUUGGAAUAAAACAACUAUUCAAAAAUAUUGUGAAGAUGGUCCUUUAGGCAAAAUAAAAUCACCAUUUAUCCAAUUAGGAUUGGAAGUAUCAAAAGAUAAUAAAGUAAUUCAAUCUACACGGCCCAAUGCAUACUUACAAUUUCCUGCAGCUUAUUGGAUCGAUCCUCAAAAUACUCGGGCUCAAUUAGUUCGACUUGGUACUGCCCGGCCUAUUGACAAUCGUUAUGUUAAGACGAAAUCAUAUCAUUUUGGUUUACCAUUCGCUUUGUAUGGUGAUCGAUUUGAUCAAAUUCAUGAUCAAUCAACUGAAAAUCACGUUGCUGUACGUGAACAAAUUAUAAAUUUAGGCAGUCCUCAUUCGAAACAUUACUAUACUAACACAAAUUAUUCAUCGUGGAUUUUCAUUGCCGGUAUAGGUGAUCCGGAUAUUAUACCAUCAAAUGAUGACGAUAAUGACAACAAUACCAGCAACAAAAAUUCGAUUAUUUCAGCGUUUAUUUGUGGAUUAUUGAUUAUUGUUGGCUCAAUUGGUAGUGUUUUUGUAAUACGUCGAAUACAACGCAGACAUUAUCAAAGAAUAUCUGAAUUAACUAGUAUUGGUAAUAAUAAUAAUAAUAGUAAUAAUGAAGCUGUUAAUAGUUACUCACCAAUAGUAGCACAAGAACUAUCCUCCAUAAAUGAUAAUCGUAUAGUUGAACCAUAUCAGUAUGAGAAAUUAGUUAGUCAACCCAAUCAUGAACUAAUCAGUAAUAAUUAUCAUACUAUAACUAAUGAAAAUGAUUAUUUACCAAAUAACAAUAUGUCUACUAUGAAUUGGAAUAAUUAUCCACCUCCAUAUAAAUCUAUUACAAAAGAUUAUUAGAAAAAACAAACAUCCAAUGAUUAAAUUGUACGUUACUACUACUACUACUACUAACACUACUGAUACUACUAACAACUGUUCAUCAAAGAGAACUUAUUAUACUUUGAUAUGAUUAUUAUUUUUUUUUGGAAUAAAACUAAAUUCUUAUAUUUAUUUAUUACUUAUAACAAUUCAAGCAUCAUCGUCUCCACCAUGUUGAUGUUUUUUGGUGUCCAUAUUCAUCCCCGGUGUUCAUCAUCAUCGAUAUUAUUAUUAUUAUUAUUAUUACGAACACAUUUAUUGCCCGGUCCCUAAUCAACACAUUUUUAGAUAAUUUUAGAUUAUUACAAUAAAUUUUUUUUCUUUUUCAA